UCUUUCGUUUACAACAUCGCUAAUUAGAGAGGAGUGAGUGGAGAGACAACUCUUUUGACUAGUUUCACAGAACCCGCUUUUAGGUAGUCCACGAUUUGUCUGUUCGAACCUGCUAGUUACAAGAUCUGCUUGAUAAAUGUAGUAAACAGAUAUUUUAGUGUAAACUUGAUUCUGACUUUGGUACCGUUUUUAGAUAUAAUCAUUUUAUUCAAUGCUCGAGCAAACACGUCUUUUCAGAUCCCAACACACAUGGUACAGCAGGUUGCGUUUCGCUUUAGUGACGGCGGAGAGAUUAACUAGCAUUUCCGUUUCACUUUUACAAAUAAAACAACAAACAGUUCAUGUUGGGAUUUAGAUAUCGCUGAAAAAAUAAUGAUGACAGUUUCCUUCCUUUUGUAAAACAGCAUUUUCCACUUUCAGCAUUCAACGUCUUAUUUCAGUGCAGUGUUGGGUUCUUGUUUUCAUGACUAGGAAAUUGUAAGGUAGGAGUCCCAGCCACGUCUGGACGGAUGGAUAACUCUAUUAGAAAAGCACUUUUGAAUGGAGAUUUCUCCAGAAUACCUUCAGAAAUUAUUAAAUCCUGCAUUAAAAUAUUUCUGUGCGUCGAUCCCCAAGAUUCCGAAAGUGGAAGGAAAGCAUUGAAGGAGACGGUCUACCCAAAAAUAAGGGAAUAUUGCAGAUCCAAUUACGGUCUUGAAUUCAAGGUGAUUGACGGCUAUGAGGGAUUCGAUCCUGACGAUGUACUAGAUUGCAAAUUCCGACAGUUUCGGUUGAAACUUUUAGAGGACUGCAUUCAAAAUUCAGCUGGCCCUUGCUUUGUGGCUCUGAUUGGGGAGCAGAGCAGUGGCCCGUGUCUCCCGCAGGAGAUCGAGGUCUCGGAGUUCGAGGAGAUCCUGCAGAUGUCUCAGCAAAUGAGGGUUAGUACCAGGAUCCUGGAGAGGUGGUACCAGAGGGACGAGAACGCCAUUCCACCAGCCUAUUUCCUGCGAGACAAACGGGACCUACUGCACAACUACUACAGCCAAGCUGAUAUAAAAGCCAGAGAAGUUGAUCGCAGUGAGUGGCAAGAGGCCUUCCAGGAAAUGAAGAUGAUUUUUGAUGCCAUUGUAUCUAGGUGUAUUCAGAAAGGAAAAAUCACCCCUGAAAGAGGACACAAAUACUUCACCUCAGCACUUGAAGAUGAACUUCGAUUUGCACUUGAAAACCGCCCCAAGGGGGACUUGCAAAGAUGCCUGUGUUAUGUUCACAACAUUCCCAUCCAGAGUCGACACCGGGAGAAGAUGUCGCAGAAACUCGAUCCCAUCCCGGAGUUUCAGAAGUACCACAACCUCAAGUCCUAUAAUAUGAUGCGUCGUCUCCGAGAUGAAUUCCUUCCUUCCAUUGUGACAUCCUCCCAGCUGCGGGUGUACACCUCAAACAGUGGCGUACACCAGGGCAACACCAAGGAGAGUAUGCAAGAGCACACUAAGGAGCUCUGCAACCAUUUCUACUAUGAUAUGCUGAGCCUGAUUGACACCGUAGUCACAAGAAACACAGAACACCUCGACUCGCUCACUGAAGAAGUCUUGCAGCAUGCCUCUUUGUGCAAUAUUUAUGGUGGCCUUUACAGGAUAGAAUGUGGGGAGGUGGAAAAGGUUAAAAACUACAUAUCCCAGAAAGAGACCAAAUACCCACUCAUUGUCAGUGGGGGGCCUUGCACUGGCAAAACAGUGUUCCUUGCCCACUGUGCCAAACAGGUGCACACUUGGCUGAAUGGCUGUGAUCCAGUAGUAGCUGUUCGUUUUUUAAGAAGAGACACUGGUAACCUGAAACAGCUUCUUUCAGGAAUCUGUCAGCAGCUGGCAGUAAACUAUAACUAUCCCUCGAUGGCCUGCUCCAAUGACGUCGGUCAGCUAAAAGAGGACUUUGCAAACCUUCUUGGAGCAUCGUCCUUACAGCACCCUCUGGUGUUGAUUUUAGACGGGGUGGACCAGAUGGCACACACUUACGAAGCUCAAAGUAUGUGGUGGCUUCCAAAGACCUUACCGCCUUCUGUUAAACUACUUAUUUCCACAGCCCCCAAAAAGUCUGCCGUUUUACAGGCCCUCAAAACUCUGUACCCUGAUCAGUCUCAGUUCCUCGAAAUGGGAUACAAAGAGAGAAAAGACUGCAGUAAGAUGCUAACAAAACUCCUUUUGGCCUCAAAGAGGAGAAUCACAUCAGGGCAGCAAAUAUAUGUCAAUGAGGCCCUGAAGGGUUGCACUCUGCCUCUGUAUGUUGAGUUGCUCAACAGGGAGGUGUUUCACUGGCAUUCGCAGUCAGAUGUCACAGAGGAGUCUUUAGGAAAGAGUGUCCACGAGAGCAUUGAGAGGUUCCUGCACCAUCUUGAGAUGAAGCACGGGACAAAGCUGGUCUCCAAAGCGGUUGCCUAUCUGACAAUCGCAAAAUCUGGAAUCACAGAGAACGAACUUGUUGACAUCCUGUCAACAGACGAUCAUUUCCUGUUUCGGUUCCUCCCCAAUGAAGACAUGCCUUACAAAGUGAGGGUGCCCGAUUCAGUAGUGGAGAAUCUGUUGUUGGAUCUGAAGAGUUUUUUGGUGAAGCGGUAUCUCAUGGGGUUUCAGGUGCUGUGCUGGACAAAUAGACAUUUCCCACUGGUUGUCUACAAGCUCUACCUCAGUGGAGAGGAGGCAAGGCAAGAGAUGCACAAUGUGACAUCCAACUACUUCAGUGGACGAUGGGCCUAUGGCAGAGCCAAACCCUUUGUCAUCAGUCAGGACUUCUUUGCACAAACCAAAGUAGCACAAGCUUUCCGAAAUCCACUUCCAUUAAAGAUUGACAGGCAGCAACCCUCCCAGCCCUGGCUCUUCAGCUCCCAUUGUUUUGCUAAGUUCGCUAACGUGCGGAAAAUUAAUGAACUCCCCUUUCAUUUGAAAGCCAGUGGCAGGCUUGAUGAGGUGUGCAGAAGCACCUUUAUGUGCCUCUGCUUCCACCAAGCCAUGUUAAAGGCCGGUCAACUGACCAACUUGAUAUCCGAGCUGGAAGAAACCUCCCUGCUUGCCUUUGGAAAAGAGCUUAGGCUUUUAGCCAGCAUCUUUAGAAGUGCUGCUUGCUUACUUCAGACCUCUCCUGCCAACCUGACUGCAGUGAUUCAGACAAAACUGCUUCCAUUCCUGGACAUAUGCCCAAGUUUAUUAAACUACGUUAAGCAAAUCUAUCAGGAGGGUCUGAGGAACUCUGCCUUGGCUGUUCUGCACUCCCCUGUUAUGAACGUUCCUUCCACAUGCACUUUACUGUCAGCCGUGGAACUGUCUCCUAUUGUUGCAGUAAUAGAGACAGAAUACGGAAAGAUAAUUGUGAUUCUAGAAAACGGCAUGCUGUGGACAUGGGGCGAAAACAUGUCUGGGGGUUUUAAACUCAUGAACUCAACUGGCAUUAAGUUGUCUGGGGCCAAAAGUGCAGGGCAUUUUCUUUUGCUGUCCACAGAAUGCAACAGGUUAUUGCUGUACAAUCUGUCCUUACCUUUACUACUUUGUGAAGUAAAUGUUCAAAGAUCUGUCAUCCACAGCACAGUGGAAACUUUGGAACAAGUGAAAGGCUUUGCAAUAAGUAGCACCAGCUUGUAUGGUUUUGUAUGGUUCGAGAACAUGUCUUAUGUCUGGAUUUUUGACUUAAGUACUGGAAGUCAACUUGGCCAGCUAAAUUGUCAGCAUGUUGUUAUGUGCCUGUCCUGUUCAUCUGAUUGUAGGUAUGUUUUCUGUGGACAGCAAGAAAGCACAGUUACAAUCUUUGAUGUCCAUGAAGGAGGUCAGCACAUUGCUACGGUUACUUCAGACUUAAAGGGAACAUUCAUCCUUUCGUUGUUCCACUCAGAACCGGAAAUGGAAAUGUUCUGGGUCGACAACUUUGGGAACAUUAUUGUCUGGGAUAUAGAAACAAUAUCCGAACCCCAGCUUGUAAAAGAAUUCUGUAAUCCAGAAGACCUAGAUGAAGUCAUGACAAUUGAGUGCUCUGCCGAGAAGCGGAUUCUCCUGCUGUGUAAGAGGGAACACAUUGUGAUUUGGGACACUUUCAGCUGGAUGAUAAUGGAUCAGUUCAAAGCACCUCUGAACAGCUUGUUCAGCCAUGCCGUGCUCUCAAGGAAUUGUGACAUCAUUAUAGCUGCUUUGGAAGGCUGUUGUUUCCUACUGGUAUGGAAAAGAAACACAGGGCAGUGUGUUCUGACCCUCAACAUCGGCCACAACCAAAUACUAAAGCUUGCAAAGAACCACACAACCCUGGUAGCAGUGACAGCAAAUGGAUUCUUCACGUCUUGGGACCUGGAUCUGGUCCUGAGCGCCUCCUUGGUUUCCAAGACUGGACUGAAAAUCAAAGAGGUCCUAGUGACCACACAGGGGGAGCACUUUUACACUGUAGAUGGCACUGACAUGAUCUUCAAAUGGAACACACUCACUGGUCGUAUCGAGGCUUAUUUUGAGCAUGAAGACCUUGUCGAUAGCUCAGCACUCACCAUGACUGGUGAGUAUCUGGUGACUUCAGAAAUCUCUGGGGACAUUUAUGUCUGGAAUACCGAAACUGGAGAAAAUCUGCAUCGUAUCCGCUGUGACCAUGUCUCCAAGUUGCUGAUUACCCCCAACAGCCAUUUUGUGGUGUCCCUCUGUGAAAACAAUCUCUCUAGGGUGUGGAAUCUUACAAAAGCACACAUUGUGUGUAAUAUUCAUCCCUACUUGAAGAAUGCAGUUAUCACACCAGAGAGCACCUUUGUUAUCGGACACCAUAAGAGAGAUCUGCUGGCUGUAAGCUUGUGGUCUGGUUGUAUAAGCAAGAGAUUCUCAUGUGCUAGCCAAUCAGAGGUCACUGCCUUUCAGGCGUUACUGGACUAUCCUGAUUAUGUGGUCCUAAUCACCUCUUCAGGCUGUCUUUACACCUGGAACGUGGUAGAAGAGACAAUAUACCAGCAAGUGAAGCUGCCUGAAAACUGCUUAAGCCAGCUGGAGGCGUUUCAGAUUUCAUCCAAUGGAAGGUAUGCCGUCAUCUCCGUAGCUAGCAUGACGAUCAACAUCUUAGAUACUCUAAAUGGAAGCCUGUUUGCCUUGCGGGCCAAAGGUCCAGUCUUGUAUGUUACUUUGACUGUAGACGGCAGCUACGUUGUCUUCAUUUGUGAUGCUGAACAAUGCAGCUGCAGCUGUGACUUUCACACCAAGCCUGUUCUCAAUGUUGUUCAAGUCUCAGAUAUGGAAAAUAUUGGACAAUGUUACCUGUGCAAAGAGCCGUCCACUAUGACUGUUUCUGACAAUCUCAAUGUUUAUGUGGGAUUUGAAGAUGGAAGUACUGGGAUUUAUACUGUUGCCACCACUGUUGAUGGCACUAUUAAAAGCUGCCUGAGUCAAACUGGUAACAGUGAUAGCUGCCUUUACAGUGAACACAAACAGUGGCUGGGCAAGGAGUCACCAAAUAUUACAUGGAGGGUGUCCUCUACAGAGCUAUUGUAGUUUAAAUUAUUUCCUCUCUUAAUAACAUCUAUACUCUCUUUGUGUUACAAAUGGCCUUAAUUAUGCACGAUUAGUACACCAUCCCCUCAGUUUAUCGCUGGCAUCAGGGACCAAUAUAAAUCCGCUAUAUAACGAGGUAACUGCUAGCUAUAUCAAGACACAUAUAGAGAAAAUAAGAUAAUAAAUAAUCUAACUGUAAUAUGCAUUUAAUGAUUUUAUUUUGAUUUUUACAGAUUUACUUCAGCUGCACUUUGCUCAGCAGCUUUCAGUUUUUUUUUUCUGCAGACUCAUUCUUUCGUUUAGACAUUUUCGUUGUACACAGCCAGUACAUUUUCAGUUUCUUCGUAAUCUGUAUUUCAAACACAAAUAAACUACUGUUUGGACAAGACAUUUGUGUGGGGUCAUCGUGUGGAAUGAUUGAACUUCAAUGAAAGGACCAACUCUUAAGUCUUAAUUUGAAAAAAGUAUUACAAACAAAAAGCCUAAACGCUGAAAAUAGAAUAGAACUAUUUACAAGAGUAUUGAAGCCAUAUUAACAUAAUAAUAAAACUGUUUGAACUGUUACAACAGGAUCUGAAAGAUAAUACAUAAUAUAUACUGACAAGUUUAAGUUAAAGUGUCAGUAGAUAAGUGUUCUAUAAAGGCAGAACUAUUAAUUGACUGAGGAUUGGAACAAGAUUGGGAGUGCCAGCAAGCAGCUUGUGGACUAUAUACCCCGAAGGGUCUGCGCAGCCAUUAAAGCAAAUGAAAGCCUACAGAAUAGUAAAUCUUGUUUUUAUUUCAAUUAAAAUAUCCCUGUAUUUUCAUUGAUUUCUGUCCUGGUUAUUACCCAGUAUGCAAAAACGUAGGGGGUUCUUCAUAUUGCCCAAGUCUGUAUGUCAACUUCUCUGUGCCUCACAGUAUCGGACGGUAGCCAUCUUGCUUUUACAGUUACAGAUGUACAGCUGUAACUAUGAAACUGAGUGACCAAU